UUGUCUUCUGGUUAGUUCACUCAUUCUCUUCUCCAUUUCUCCUUCCUUUCUCUCUCUCUGAAUUCUUACAUAGAGUCUCACACUCAAAGGCCUACAGUUCUUUCCCAAAAAUUAUAAUGAGAAAACCUUGUUGUGAUAAACAAGACAUCAAUAAAGGGGCUUGGUCCAAAGAAGAAGACCAGAAGCUCAUUGACUACAUCACUAAGCAUGGUGAAGGUUUGCUUCGUUGUGGAAAAAGUUGUCGAUUAAGAUGGAUAAACUAUCUAAGGCCAGACCUGAAAAGAGGUAACUUUGGUGAAGAUGAAGAGGAUCUCAUCAUCAAGCUUCAUGCUCUCUUGGGAAAUAGGUGGUCUCUUAUUGCUGGAAGGUUGCCAGGGAGGACAGAUAAUGAGGUGAAAAAUUAUUGGAACUCUCAUCUGAGAAGAAAGCUAUUGAGCGUGGGAAUCAAUCCAGAUAAUCAUCGAAUUAAUAGUGUUUCUAUUCUUCAUCCACCAUCAGUCAAAUCCUUAACUUCUGAAGAACCUGAUUUGACCCUCAAACUUGCUGCUUCUGAUCCCUUGGAAGAUAAGCAAAACUUAGUUUAUAGUGAUGCAAAAGAUUCUGAGGACAUGCCAAUCAAAUCCUCCACACUUCUUCUUUUCAAUUGAUUUUGAUGCAGUAUUUAACCAAUAACUAAUUUCCUAUUUGACGUAUAAGGAUUUACAUUUUGAUUUAAGAAAAGUACUGUGAUUAGAGCAUAAAACACAUGUUUAUAGAACAAAUCGUGUUUGUAAUAUUUUUCAUAUCAUGGAUCUUUUAAAUAAAUGUAUAUAUAUACCAUUGUCUAUUCUAA